AUGGCCAAUACAAUGCCCAUUCCUCUACCUCCUCGAACACCCACACCACCACCUGACGAGACAUCCUCUCCUCAGAAACCCGCAGUAUUCGAUCCAGAUCCUCCAUUUGACCCGAAGUCACUGUCGCCACACCAGUACGACCCCGAAUACAUACCCCCUUCCGGAGGCGCAUUCCUUCCCACGACUCCUGAGAAACAAACGGCUGGUGGGAAUGUAAUGGGAGAUGGAACAGGACCCUUCAACUUCCAGCCGUCAACAUUGGCGAAGUCACCAGUGAUCAAAUCUAAUAUCGGCCAGCGGCGCGGCCACAAGUACAAGCACAGCAGUGUCUCACACCAAAUCUUCCUCGAACCUCCUCAACGGGCACCAUUAGCCCUGCCCAAUUCACUGCCGAUUCCUACCUUUGCGGAAUGUCGGGCUAGCAUGACAAAAGACCAAAAAGUUCGCUUUUACUGGAGCAUAUGCCACAUGGCCAUUGCAGGAUACACGGCGUGGAACUCGCAUGGCUCGUCUGCUAUGGAAGCUCUUUCGCACUUGAUCUUCUACGACUCGUUGGGAGCAUUGUUGUGUGUAUUCGUGGAGGUCCUUUCCAAUUUCGAAGUAUGGGGACGCUCGAGCGUGCGGCAUCCGUUUGGUUUGCAGCGAAUGGAAGUUAUCGCUGGAUUCGCGUUGUCUGUCCUGCUGAUUUUCUUUGGCUUUGACCUGAUCUCGCACAAUGCGAAGCACGCCUUGGAAGGCAUUGGGCACGAACCUCACCAUCCACACGCCCAUGAGCAAGUCACAGCCGGUACAGUCGACGUGACGGCGAUACUGGCUCUUGUCGCGACGUUGAUAUCCGCCGUUGGUCUGCAGAAUCACGCACGAAUUGGCAAGGCGAUGCGCUUCGCCGCCAUGGAGAAUCUGCCAUCCCUACUCAGCAACCCCUGCCACUUUCUGACGCUGUCUUGUUCGGCAACUGUGCUGCUACUGCCUCUCCUCGACCUGCAUACCUAUGAGUGGAUGGAUAAGGCACUGUCACUGAGCAUCGCCUUUUCCAUGCUGUUUCUGGGCUUUCACCUGGGUCGCAAUGUGGGCUCGAUGCUUUUAAUGUCUCUGCCCUCGAAAUCCGCCUCUGCUUUGUCCGAAGUCGUGGCGACAAUUGAAUCCGACCCCUUGGUGCGGGCAGUCGAACAGGCCAAGUUCUGGCAGGCACACUAUGGAACAGGCAUGGCGAAUCUGCGACUCCGAGUCGUCGGCAGCGAAGAGAAUCUGGUGAAGCUGAGGGAGCGAAUCACGAGUAUGAUCCGAAACAAACUCAGCGGCGGAUACGGGUUAGGGAGUAGUGGGCAAAAAUGGGAGGUGAGCGUCCAGUUCAAAGUCGAAGUAGACACGGCCAUGAGUGCGAGUCAUAGCCACUUCAUGAGCCCUCAGGCAUGGGUGGGAAUGACUACGUGA